UGCUUUGAUAAAUUAUGGAAAACUUCAGAUUUUUGAGGAGAUUUACAUGAACAAACUUUACUGGAGCAAAACCUCUGGACUCCUUAUGAUCACAGACCUGCAGAGGAGCGACUCAGGAAUUUAUACCAUUGACUCUAAAAAAGGAAAAGUUUUCUAUACUUUCUACAAUCUCACAGUUUAUGAUCCUCCUCCAAGCCCUGCAGUACGAUUCCUGACUGUGAGCUCUGAGAUCUGCUGGUUGCUCUGUUCUGUGGACAAUCCAACGUCGCUGCUGUGGUACAAAGACGAGGAGAUACUGAACCAGAGCAGUUCUGCUGUCUCUUUACCCAUCACUGUCUACAGAAAUGACAGAGACUCAUCAUAUAGAUGUGUAGCAGCCAACCCUGCAGGAAACAAGACAUUUCACCUAGAUGUGAGGACAUCCUGUGGGUUCAAUGAGACAGAAAGUUCUGAUCAUGAAAGAUACCACUGGACUGUAAUACCAGUUGUCAUUGGGGUUCUUCUCUGUGCUGUUCUGCUCAUCUACCUGCUCAAAUGGAAGCUUCCAGAGACAAAGACAACCAGACAAAUACAAGAUCUACCAGCAGCAACCCUGUCUCUACAAACACCCGCUCCCUGUCCCAGUGAAGAAGUGAUGAUGAGAUUAUCUGCAGCUGAAGAAGUAAAGAAGAACCUGAUCGGAACAAUUGGUGGAAACCUCACUUUCCCAGAUCCUCUGCUGGAGUUUGGAUUUCUUUUAAAAGGAAGAAUCAUUGCUUCAAUAAAUGAUGAAAAACUUCAGACUUUUGAGGAGAUUUACAUGAACAAACUUCACUGGAGCAAAAACUCUGGACUCUUUAUGAUCACAGACCUGCAGAGGAGCGACUCAGGAAUUUAUACCAUUGACUCUAAAAAAGGAAGAGUUUUCUAUACUUCCUAUAAUCUCACAGUUUAUGGUGAUGGACCCAAUGGGGAAUGGCUUUGCAUCAUGCCUUCAGACUCGGCCCGGCCAGGUCUUACGAGGAAGAAGCCGUCCGAUAGGCGCUGGCCAAUGAACUCUAACCUGGCCUGGUUCCAGGUCUUCAUAAAGACGUUUAAACCAAGCAGCUUGCUGGAAGGGAAGGAGCUGGACCUUUUGAAGGAGGUGGAGCAUUACAUGCUAGAAAUAGUUAGGCUUGCCUCCACAUAUAGCUUGGCAUCUGAAUUUGCCCAACCAGUCGAUGUGUUUGUGCACCUGGAGAAGGCAUUCAACCGGGUCCCUCAUGGUGUCCAGUGA